AUGGCUUUUAUUGUUGAAUUAUGGGAAUCGGUAUUCACUCCAGGAACUACCCCUGCAUUAAUCAAAGCCACUCAUGCGUCAUUCAUCUUAUUGCUCAUUUCGUUAGUUACAUUUAUCUUUUUGACAAAAUCAAUACAUUUUGUUAAUUUAUUUGUCAUUGCCGUAUUGUUAUAUGGGACAGUAAUUUGGUUCAUCAAUGAGCUUCAACAGGUCAAAUUGAAAGAUAACGAAGAGUUGAAUGCUAAAGAAACGGAAGGUGAAGAAAUUGAGAAGAAAAAGAAGACUGUUAACACUGUUGUGGAUACGGAGUCAAUUAAUGAACCAAAGACUACCAUCAGUGACGAGACUGUUGCUCCGAGGAAAAGGAAAACAUAG